GUCCCCCUGGCCCCCCCGUGGAGCUGCAGGUGAAGGAGGUGACAGAAGCCACGGCGGCCCUGAGCUGGGGGCCCGGCCCGGACCACCACAGCCCCGUGAUGGGCUUCUCCGUCCAGGCCCGCUCCACCUUCUCCCUGGGCUGGCAGGCCGUCACCACAGUUCCCGAGGUGCUGGGCGGCCGGCAGUUGUCGGCCACCGUCACCGACCUCAGCCCCUGGGUGGAGUACGAGUUCAGAGUGCUGGCCGCCAACGCCAUCGGCACCGGGGAACCAAGCCAGCCCUCCAGGAAGGUCCGCUCCAAGGAGACGGCCCCCAGGAUCACUCCAGCCCGGGUGAACGGAGGUGGAGGAGGGCGUUCAGAGCUGGUCAUCACAUGGGAGCCCGUCUCCGAGGAGUUCCAGAGCGGACCGGGCUUCGGCUACGUGGUGGCCUUCCGGCCGCUGGGCGCCCAGGGCUGGAUGCAGGCCGCCGUCACCUCCCCUGACGCCGCCAAAUAUAUCUUCAAGAAUGAGAGCAUCCCUCCCUUCUCGGCCUACCAGGUCAAAGUGGGCGUGUACAACAACAAGGGAGAGGGUCCCUUCGGCCCGGUGACCACCAUCUACUCUGCGGAGGAAGAGCCCAGCCGGCCCCCCGGCCGCGUCAGAGCGCGCAGCGUCUCAGCCAGCGAGGUGGAGGUCUCCUGGAAGGCGCUGUCCUGGAGCAACAGCCGCCGACGCAUCCUGGGCUACGAGCUGCGGUACCGGGAGGAGAAGGAGCUGCCGGGCGCGGCCCGGGUGCUCCGCACGACGGGGAACCGGACGUCGCUGCUGAUCAGCCACCUGGAGGGCAGCAGCACCUACCUGCUCUCUCUGAGGGCCUACAACAGCGCCGGCCUCGGGCCCCCCAGCGCCGUCGUCAACGUCACCACCAAGAAGCCCCCCCCUAGCCAGGCUCCAGUGAAAAUCAUGUGGAACACGUCCAACUCCAAGGUGCUCCUCCGGUGGGACCAAGUCCACGCCUUGGAGAACGAAUCAGAGGUGACCGGCUACAAGGUGACGUACAGCCAGGACAGGCAGGGGGGCCGGCCCAGCGUGGUGGAGACCAACAGCACAUCCCUGGAGCUGUCGCUGCCCGUCAACCAGGACUACGUGAUCCAGAUCCAGCCCUUCAGUGAGGGAGGCCAUGGUAGCAGCAGCCAGCAGAUCACCAUCCCACGGAUCAAAGGUCCCAUCGCCAUGGGAACGGCCUGUCUGCCCUCCGCAUCGCCCCUGGUUACCGUCUCCGGCCUCCUCCUCCUCCUCCUCCUCACAGCCAGGACAGCGCUAUGACAACCGCCUCCGCACCCCUGGAGAAACCCGUGAGAGAGGGGUGGUGCUCGGAUCCCCACCUCCCCCCCUCACCUCCA